CGCCGGGAGCGCGGCCGGGCCGCUGCCGGUGCAUUCCCGGUGGGAUUUGCCGCUGGAUCCCCCUGGCAUGAGCACCGGCUGAGCGCCGGGGCCCGGGGCCACCGCCAUGAACGAGGCGGUGGCGCGGCGGACGCGGGAGAGCCUGGGGCAGGUGAUCCGCAAGCCGCCGCUGACGGACGCGCUGCUGAACAAGCCGCCGUUCCGGUACCUGCACGACCUCAUCUCCGAGGUAAUCAGGGUGACAGGUUUUCUGAAAGGACUUUACACCGAUUUUGAGUUGAAGUCAGACAAUGUUAAGGAUAAAGAUUCUAAAAUCCACUUCCUUCAGAAGGCCAUCGAUGUGGUGGUGCUGGUGACAGGGGAGCCCCUGGCAGUGAGGCCAGUGCGUGUCGUGGCUGGACACGAGCCCGAGAAAACCAACGAGUUCCUCCAGGCCAUUGGCAGGUGUUGUUUGAACAAGCUCUCCAGUGAUGCUGCUGUAAAAAGGGUCUUAGCUGGGGAAAGAGCUGAUCCUAAAGGGAAACCUCCAUCCUCCAAACCUCGAGAGAAAGAAAGCAGAGAGUCCAAACCAGAAGAACCAAAAAGCCAUAGGGAUAAAGAGAGCAGGAGGGACCCUGAAAUCAAAGACAGAAGCUCAAGCAGAGACAGCAAACCCAAAGAGAGCAGAGAAAGAGAAAAGGAGGGUGAGAAACAGAAGGAUAAUAAAGAGAGGCACAAAGAACCAGAACGUGAGACCUCGAGGGAAGGAGAAAAACGAGAAAGGGAAAGAAGCAAAAAACCAACCAAGCAAGGAAGAGAACCCGAAAAAAGCAAAGGAAAGGGAGACACAGAAGAUGAUCUGGAGCGUGAGAAAGGACAGGAAAGAGAGAAAAAACAUGAAGGAGGAAGAGAAAAGGACAGAGUGAAAGGAAGAGGCAAAGAGAAGGGCAGGGACAGGGAAGGAGAGAAGGACAGAGAGAGAGGAAGAGAUCGGGACAGACGCGGGGACAAGGAAAAGGAGGAGGAGCAUCUCUGGGAACGUGGGAAGGAGAAAGCAGAGAGAAAGCCCACAGAUCCUGAGGAAUCCACACUUAGGAAAACACAGAGGCCAACUAAAGACAGCCAGUGCCAGCCAGAUAACGAGAGUGAAAGUCCUGCAGGGAUAUCAAGGCAGCCUUCAAGUAAAGGAUCGAGGCAGCGCUCCAAACCCGGAGGAGAAGGAGCUGUGGACACGAGGAGUGGGAUUGCCCAGGAUGGUGGAGCUGAACUGCAGGAGAGAACUGAACCAGCAGCUGCAGGAAAACACAAAGGGAGAGAAGUGGAGAACGUGGCUCCUGAAAAGCCUGAGGGUGGGGAAGCGGCUCCCGAUGUGCCCCCUCAGCCCAGCCAAAGACGGAUCCCGCGCCCCGGCAGUGCCAGGCCGGCCCCUCCCCGAGUGAGACGGCAGGAGAGCGCAGAGCCCCUGAUCCCAGAAAGGAGCGGCAGCGCCAAAACGGCCCCGACCGUGAUCCUGGACCAGCAGGGUCCUGAGGAGGAGGAGGAUGAGCAGUUUGUGGUGGAGGCAGCAGGGCCUCUGCCACACAUGAGAAAGGAGCCUGAAGUUGAGCUGGUUGAUGAUCAGAAGCAUGGUGGGCUGGUAAAAAGAAUCCUGGAAACCAAGAAGGAUUAUGAGGCAUCACAGAAAUCAUCCCAGACAACAGAGAGGGAGAAGCCGAUUGUUUCGGAAGGAUCCAGGAAGAGAGAGAGGGACUUGGUAGCCAAAGAAAUCGGGAAGUCUCAGGCCUCCAUCCAGACUCUGUGCCAGAACGCCUUAGCCCUUGGCAGGAUCGUGGAUUACAUCCAGGAGGACAUGGAUGCCAUGAAGAACGAGCUGGAGAUGUGGAAGCAGGAGAACAGGCAGCACGAGGAAGCCCUGAGGAGAGAGCAGAGCGUCACAGACAGUGCUCUGGAACCAUUAAAAGCUGAGCUGGCUGAGCUGGACCAGUUGAUUAAAGACCAGCAGGACAAGAUUCGUGCUGUCAAAGCCAAUAUUUUAAGGAAUGAUGAAAAAAUCCAGAGGAUGGUUCUCAGCAUAAACCAGGCUGCAAGGAAGUGAAGAAGAGGGAAAAGAGAAGACUAAAAAAAAAGCCUUGGGACUCACUGGCAUUCC